GCUCGCGCUGAGGCGUUGUCGCCAUGAGCCUGCCGCGGGCCGCCGAGUGGGCCGAGGGCGGCCGGGAAGCGGCGGUGGCAGCGGAGCCGCUGCUGGGGCUGGGACCGGGUCUGGAGGCGCCCGGCUGCGGCUUCGCCCCCGGCUGGCUGGGCGUGUGCUGCGCCGCGCGCGUGGCCGCCUCGCCGCGCUGCCUGCGGGAGGAGGAGGAGGACGAGGCGGCGGCGGGGCGGCCGAGGGCGGCAGCGGCAGCAGGGCAGGAGGGGAGCAGCCCCGGCGGGGCGCGGGGGGCGGCGGGCGGCGGGCGGCCGCGGGGCGGUGGUGGCGGCGGUGCCGGUGUCCGUCCGCAGGUGAGCGGCGUGCAGAAGCAGCGGCGGCUGGCGGCCAACGCGCGGGAGCGGCGGCGGAUGCACGGGCUGAACCACGCCUUCGACCAGCUGCGCAAUGUCAUCCCCUCCUUCAACAACGACAAGAAGCUCUCCAAGUACGAGACGCUGCAGAUGGCGCAGAUCUACAUCAGCGCCCUGGCCGAGCUGCUGCACGGCCCCACAGCCGCCGCCACAGCCACCGCCACCGCCACCGAGCCGCCGCCGGGCAAGGCGGAGCCCCGCGGGGCCCCCUUCGAGCCGCCCUGCGCCGCGGACGGGGCCGCGCUGCCGGGGCCGCCGCCGUCCGGGCCGCCCCCCCACGGCCACGGGCACGGCCACGGGCACGGCAGGACUCGCUUCCCCCCGCCGCCGGCCGCGGGGGGCUUCCCGGUGCCGCUCGACCCGCUGCGUUUCCCGUCCUUCCCGGAGAGCGCCCUGCUGGGACCCAAAGCGCCGUCCCCAGCGCUCCUCGUGCCGCAGCCCGGCCACCACCAGCAGCACCAGCAGCAGCAGGAGAGGAGCAAGGCGUCGCCGCGCUCCCACCGGAGCGACGGGGAGUUCUCGCCCCGCUCGCACUACAGUGACUCGGACGAGGCCAGCUAGGGCGCUGCCGCCCGCCCCAGCACGGACUUGGCCGCCGGCGGCCCCGCGGGGCGCCCCGGGGAGGGCUCCUCUUGGGCGGCGCACCCGCCCCGUCCGCGUUUGUACUUUAAUUCCGAUGUCUAGCUACCGCCCGUAGAGCUCCCAGUGCCGAGAAGCCGCCGCCGGCCCCUCCCGCAACGCCCAGCCGCACGCACCGACCCCCAGCACUCCCCAUGCGGUCCCGUCCCGCAACGAGCGGGGGCAGGCGGCUUCUCCUGCCCGCCGUCGGGGGGAUCCCGGCGCAAGCACUUUAUCCUGCGGCUGCAAGGGGACAGCUCCCGGCCGCCAGCCGGGGAGCCGCGCUCCGGCCGGCCGCCGCGCCCCAACGCGCGCUCUGAGAAACGAAAACGGUUUUGUCGUGUCAAACUUCCAUGUCCCGUCUUAUUUUGCUUUUGUGGUAUUAGGAAACUUAUUUAUUACGGAGUGUUUGCUACUGUUUCUGCCCUUUUUUUUUUUUAACAGAACUUUUCUACGACGAGAAUCGUUUAUUUUAAUUUUAGCCCAGCCAGCUGCCAUUGUUUUAUGUAUUAUUAUUAUUUUUCGAGAUCAA